AUGGCGCAGCAAUUAAGCAAUCUUUCCAAACCCAGUGGACAGCUGCCAAGCAACACCAAGAAUAACCCCUCCGGGCAUGUAAAUGCAGUUACACUAAGAAGCGGCACCACCUAUAAUCCUCCACCCAUGGUUGUUUUUGAGAAUGAAGAAGAAGAGGUGGUAAUAGAGGAAGAAGCACCCAAUGAGGGGGAAAAGAAGGAACAACCAGCACCUACCCCAGAGAAGAGAAAGGAGCCCAUCACUGAUGUAUAUGUACCUCCUAUUCCAUUCCCACAGAGAUUAGCGCAUCGUAAGCUUGAAGAAAAAUAUGGGAAGUUUUUAGAAGUUCUGAGUAAGCUUGAAAUAAACAUUUCCUUCAUAGAUGCUAUCAAGGAGAUGCCUUCUUAUGCAAAAUUUCUGAAUGAGGUGCCGAAAAAAGAAGCUGACCCCGGGAGUUUCACCAUUCCAGUCAAAUUUGGUGAAGUUUUGGUUAAUAAAUCACUUGUUGAUUUGGGAGCUAGUGUGAGUAUCAUGUCGCAAUCUUUAUGCAAGAGGAUCAAUGCGGAGAUCAAGCCAACAAGGAUGUCUUUGAAGCUAGCCGAUAGAUCAGUAAGGUUUCCAGUUGGAGUUGUUGAUGAUUUGCCAGUUCAAAUAAGGAAGUUCUAUGUCCCUUGUGAUUUUGUGAUUAUGGAUAUUGUUGAAGAUCAUCUUACAUUGAACAUCUUGGGGGAGGACAUUGAGUUUCAUCUUCCAUCAAUGAUGAAAGGACCCGUUGAUGAAUCACUGUGCAGACCACAAGUAGCAAGGGUUGAGAUUAUGCAUCCACAGUAUGAUGACCCUUUGAGGUCAAUCUUAGAAGGAGUUGAGGAUGGAAGGUGCUCAGAGGCCGCAAGUUUGAAGAAGCUGUUAGAUGAACCAGAUUUCUAUAUGGAACCAAUGAUGGAGACAGUUUUGGAGGCUUCUGUGACGGUUAAAUAG